AUGCUGUCAUCCAUACUGACAGCUUUCCGAUCACCCUCUGAACCCGAUGCGGGGACUCAGCAGCGGCCUUCGCGAUACGUCGGUGAAGACACCACCCCAACAACACACCGUGAGAUUCUGGGCUGGUAUUCCUAUGGCAUUGCAGCUGAAGUCUUCGCGGUUUGUGGUGUAGGGUCAUUCCUCCCUCUCACGCUCGAACAACUUGCCCGCGAACACGGGUCACUACAGACCAGCCAUCUGCCCUGUUGGGGCCCUGACGCGCCAACAGAGGGCCCUCAAGCUGACGAACAAUGUAUGGUCGGGAUAAUGGGGCUUAGAAUUACCACUUCAAGCUUUGCGAUGUAUACAUUUUCACUGGCCGUCCUCAUUCAAGCUUUGACUUUGAUCUCGUCAAGUGCCCUGGCGGACUACGAGCGUAAUCGGAAAACGUUACUCCUGUCCUUUGGGUUCAUCGGUUCAGCUACCAGCAUGCUAUUUGUGCUCAUCGCACCAUCUAUGUAUAUUUUUGGUGCUAUGUUGGUUGUGAUUGGUGUUACUUGCCUCGGAUCCUCCUUCGUCGUCCUCAAUUCAUUUUUGCCUGUGCUAGUCGCCAACGAUCCAUCGGUUCAAGAAGAUCGCGCUCGGGGUGGCGAAGAGAUGUCAAACCUACGGAGCGAUCAGAAUGGCGACAUUUCGGAAUCGAAUGACUGGGAUGAAGAUGACAGUGUAGAUGGCAUACAUACAACAGACCAAAAUACUCGUUUCACAAAUGAAGAUCUCAAGAGUAAGCCACAGAGUUCUGCCCCGGAACUCCAGCUCUCGACCAAAAUAUCAUCUAAAGGAAUUGGUUUGGGCUACUCCGCGGCAGUCUUUGUACAAGUUCUCAGCAUUAUUUUGUUGGUCACCCUUAACAAGACAAAGCUUACUGAAACAUCCGCAACGCUACCCAUGCGGUUCGUGCUGCUCUUAGUUGGGAUUUGGUGGUGCGCGUUCACCUUCGUCACUCGUCGCUGGCUCCGUACUCGGCCCGGCCCUCCUCUUGAUACUUCUUCGCACCCGGGCGGUUCAAGAUGGCGAGUCUGGUUACGACUUAUAGGGUUUGCAUGGAAGUCACUCUGGCGAACAAUAACAGUGGCUGUGAAAUUACGCGAGGUCGUCAUUUUCCUGGUCGCAUGGUUCCUAUUAUCCGAUGCCAUGGCAACUGUUUCGGGCACAGCCAUUCUUUUUGCCCGCACGGAGUUGAAGAUGAGCACGGUAUCGAUCGCUCUAUUGUCAAUAACGGUUACUGUGUCGGGGAUGACUGGCGCAUUUCUAUGGCCUCAUUUCUCUCGAAGAUUCGGCCUCAAGUCGAACCAAACAAUCAUUGUUUGUAUCGCACUGUUUGAACUUAUACCACUUUAUGGAAUGCUGGCUUACAUUCCAUUCGUCAAAAAUUGGGGUGUGAUCGGUCUCCAGCAACCAUGGGAAAUUUUUCCACUUGGAAUAGUUCAUGGCCUUGUGUCUGGAGGCUUAGCCUCCUACUGUCGCUCGUUCUUCGGUCUCAUGAUUCCCCCUGGUAGCGAAGCUGCAUUUUAUGCGCUAUACGCAGCUACUGACAAAGGUAGCUCCUUCAUCGGGCCCGCGGUAGUGGGUGUGCUUAUUGACGCGACAGGCCAAGUGCGAUCGGGCUUCUUUUUCAUUGCAAUUAUCAUAGUGCUGCCAAUCCCGUUAGUCUGGAUGGUCAACGCCGACAAAGGUCGUCGCGAGGCGCUCGCAAUGGCCGAGAAGCUAGACGAAUCGCACGGCGGCCCAGCACAGGAUACUCAAGAGGCAGAGGGUCUUCUUACCAGCGAGCAAUAG